ACAUUUUUAUUGUUUGUCCAUUCUUUCUUUAGUGUAAUCUGCCAACGGUUGGUCAAUUGCACAAAACAUUACUCUAAACUGUUAUAGGUACUUAAUAGAGUAACAAAAGAUAAUGUGAAAGUCGAUAGUUAACAUGUUUAGUCCGGUAAAUUAUCCAAGCCAUCAGACAAUUGACACAAAAAGUUUGAGUAAAAAACUGUUUAUGACACCUACUUGUAAUUUUAUAUCUGUUCCCAGGCUUUGGUACAGUCAUUUUAAUUCCAUCUGGCGGUCGAACAGUUUUAUCUAUAUUUUAUACUAGUUCUUAGCAUAUAGAUCUUCAGAGUUCAUAAGAUACAUUAUAUUUAUUAUUAAUCAGUGCCUUGUGGGAUAUUUCUUAUUUGACUAAUAAGCGGCAUUUUAAGUGAGGACUCUAGUCGCUUGCUACAAUGUUGUUUAAGCAAAAAGGCACGAAACGACAAAGUUUCUCUGUUGAGAGCUUGGCAAUAAGCAGUCACGAUGAACAGCAGGAGCGUGAUACAGACUCACCAUAUUUGUGCUAUCUUGAGUCAAGGAAGUCACCUAGCUCUGUUGACUACAAUUCAAAUGACAAUUUACAAAAAUGGAUUAACAGUGCACAUGUGAAUGGAAUGCUCACAAUGGACUUAAGGUUACCAGUGCCAGAAAAUAUGGUUCAUGGUUCUUUUGAGAGGCAGACCACAUUAUUGCCUUCAAUGUCUCAUAUGCCAAACCAUUCUACACCUAUAAUGCCUUCGCCGAAACGACGACGUUUGGAUUCCACGUGCACGCCACCAUCAUCUGACGAAUCGUUUGCAGACGACAGAAUGGUGAUAGAUACAAGCAACGUGAGUUGCCCGGAAGAGGAAAAACAAAGUCCUACGUCUACAGCAUACGCGACCUCAGAUGUAGACAAUGAGAGCACGUGCAGUGACGAACUGUCACGUGGACGGAAAAAGGCCCGCACAGCUUUCAGUGGAGAACAACUAAAGGAAUUGGAGAAACGAUACAAAACUCAAAAGUAUCUAACUGCGAGCGAUCGAACCAACAUCGCAAAGGCAUUGAAGCUUAAAGAACAACAGGUUAAGACAUGGUUUCAAAAUAGACGCAUGAAAGAGAAGCGCCAACAACGGGAAGAGGAACAGUCUCAGGCUUUUUGUUUGCCUACAGGUGGCGUUGAUGUCGCCCAGUUAGCUGCGUUCGGUAUUUGCCCACCACCUUUUCAUUUAACCUCUCCAAAUCCAACCAACCAAACAUACGGCAGGAUGCCGUCACCGAUAGAUAUGAGACUUCCUACAGGGCAACAAUUAUCCUCUCCCAACGGAAAUACGACCAGGCAACCUCAUAUGUUUCCAAAUGCACAUCCUACAGGGUUGGAUAAUGCUGUGUUACAAAAAAUACACCACACAAGUGACAUUCAGAAUAUACUUAGAAAUGACACUGCACGUGAUAAGAUGAACUCAUUUGCAAGCGCGAGUAGACUUCAUGUACCAUUAGCAGUGUACCCAGGAAGACAUAGCUUGCCUAAUAUGGGUCAUUCGCCGAAUACUUCUGGAUAUCAUUUCGUAAACCAUGCAAGGUGAUGUUUUAUAAAUGCUGUUUGAAAUGUAGCUAUACGUUGUGUAAAUUGUAAUCUAGAAAUUACGAUAGCACCUGAACAUUGUUUACUUUAUGAAAUGUACGUAUUUGGGAUGUUUCAAAUUGAAGAUGUUGGUAUAGUGCUAAUGAUUCCACUCAAUAAAUUCAGCGGCAAUGCCAAAAUGAAAACGAGACACACCAUAGAUUCGGCUUAAUAGAACUUGCUUUUCCGUUUAUAUGUACAAUUUAAUUGAGUAUAUCUACAUAAGUUUUAGCAAAUGGACAUUUUUACGCUUUUACAAUUUCUAUUUUUCAGCUAUUUCAUUUUCAGUUCAUAAAGUUGUAUUAUUAAGUCUUGUGUAUAUACAAUAAAUGCUUCGUUUUUGUAUUAAAUAUUUAUAAACAUUUUAUUGUCAUUAUAUGUAUCGAAAAAAAAUCUAAAAACAAAACAAACUAGA